UGGAAAUUACGAAACUGCAGAGAAUAAACAAAACUAAAUGGAAAGGAUUUUUUUUGAACUUCUUAUGCAUGCAAAUUCGCGAAUAUUGUUCAAAAGCGAAAUCCUGAAAGGAAUAUGAAAAAGUUGAAAGUAGAUCCGAUAGGAAUUUUUCAAGCAGGUUCAAUUUUUCUUGUAAGAAAAAACUGAAAUUUUUUCUUAUUAGCAAAGCAUAUCAAAAAACCUAUUACCGUUAAUUGAAAAACAUAAAUAAAAACAGUGCUGUGUGCGAAAUUGUAUUUUAGUGUUUUCUAGUUAUAAAUUUAGCAGUUUAGCAGCAAAACUACAGAAAUGAAUAAUAUGGAUCACGUAAAAAAUUUUUAUCCUGAAAAUUAUAAACUGGAUCUGUCGGAAACAAUGAAGGCAGCGCUAUCAAAAGGGCCAGGUGGUGUGGGUCUUGGCGGUGGGGGCGGUGGAUCAGGCAGCGCUGGUAGUAGUGGUGGUGGACAUGGAAUGGGUGCGGCAGUAUCACAUAAUGAAAUACAGACUGGCGGAAGUACCGGUAUUCCUGGUGUUGGAUACGUAACAGAAAAGUUAUACAUGCUAUUGCAGCUCUACUUGCAAAACAAAGGAUGGAACCCAAGUGCUGAAUUAUUGCAAUGUUUUACGGAUCUCAAAGAUAAUGCCAUGUUACCUAGCGCUGCCUAUUUGCAAGUUCUGGCUAAUCGUUUAACUUUGGACACACAAGGGCGUUUAAUAUUGCGAGAAAAUGGCAAAAUUGUCCUUCCAUUUGAACAUUUCGCCAACGCAGUGAUGCUAAAACACAUGUCUGGUCCACAUGGACUGCAUUUGAGUGUUGAGGCUACUGUGCGUGCAGUGAUUGAAUCUUAUACAAUCGGUCGUGAAAAUUUUGGCAUGGAAAAGGAAUUUAUAAUAGAAGUUGUUCAGUCUUGUCCUAGUCCGGCUUGCCGUUAUUAUAAGAAUCAUCUUGGUAUGUCACCGUUGCCAUUUAUGGAUCAACAAUUCGCAGGCGUAAAUCACGCAGAUUUCCUACAACAUUUGCCACACCUACCCCCACCACCGCCUCACCCCAUGGUUCCUGGAUCCACAAACAGCGGUGUCUCUUCUGCGGGGUCCUCAUCCUCAAGUGGAGGCAAUAGUAAUAUUACUGGUUCAUCUGGUGGUUCUGUUAGUGCAGGCGGAGAAGUCGACUUAACGAAAAGCUCCACAACAUCACACUCAACUGGAAAGGUGCCGGUCCCCACUCAACUUCAAAUGCUUACAAAGCAACAACAAAACAGUAUACAAUCACAAUUGUCGCAGCUUAGUGCAGCUGCUGCAGCAGCAGCCCACCAUCAACAGCAACAACAAGCCGCUGCUGCUGCAGCUGCUGCUGCCGCCGCUAAACAACAACAGCAACAGGCACAAGCGGCGGCUGUUGCUCAACAACAACAACAGCAGCAACUGACAGCGGCACUUUUACAGCAACAACAGAGUCGGGCAUUAGCUCAGCAAAGUUUGGAAAAAUUCAAUAACUUGAGUGCUUUGGAGAAACAACGUGUGCUACAACAAUUAGACCCAAAACAUUUCGAUCCAAUGGCUGUGGCUGCAGCAGCUGCCAAUUUACAAAUGCAGGGCAUUAGUGAUUUUAGGGUUGCCGCUAUCGCUGCUGCAGCCGCACAGGCAGCUGGAGGAUCUCCUAUGUUGCCAUCAUCUUCGACUGCUGCAUGUGGUGCACCGAUAAGCGGUAGUAAUGCCCUUAACAGCAGUAAUAGCAGUAUGACCGGAAGUGGUAAUAACAGUAAUAGUACUACUGGCAUUGGAAACUGUGGCGGUACUUUAAGUGGAGCCUCCGUUUUGCCAUCAACGGUUGGUAGCAUGAACAACAGUGGAGGCAGCAAUAGCAGCGCAAGUAGUGCGGGACACAUUCCUGUUAACAACACAAGUAACAACAACAUCAUUGGUGUAAGUGGCAAUGUCAGCAGCAACAAUUCUCACCAUAGUCAUCAAUUGCCGCCUCCAUCACAAUCGCCUAGUGCGCACUCCAGUCAUUCUUCGUCAUCAUCUUCAUCGCACUCCGCUGAACAAAUUGUUCAGAAAAAUGUAGAACUUUUGCGUUCUAAUUUGGAAUCUAUUGAAUCGAACAAAGACUUGCUGGCAUUGCAUAAUGGCGCAUGGACUGUACCGGAUAAUAAUCGCGAACCUUUACCAGUGGGCCAAGAUAAAAUAGUGCGUAUUUUCACUGAGCUAAUGAGAAAUAUGGCGCGCAUGAAAACCUAUAUACGUCCGUCUAUGUGUAAACCAUACGGCAAACAAAGCGAGAGCUUACAGAAAACACUAUUGGAUACAAUACAGAUUGUACAAACCUUGCGUAAUUGCUUGCCAGCACCACACAUCCCGGUGUCCUCGUGGAAAAGUGAAAGUGAAGGUAACACUGGUUUAAUAACUGCGAAUAACGGUUCUGUAGGUAGUACGAGUAACAGCAUAAUGGGUGGAGUAGGUGCUGGUUUAAUGGUGACUAAUAGAGUGGAAAAUUUGACCAACUGAAUGUAAGCAAAAUAUUUCCUUUUUCUCAUUCUAUUUCUAUUUUUUAGUUUUGUUAAUUUAAAUUUAAAGUCUUUUGUGUUUUACUCCACGUCGUUCAAAAGAGAGACGGUUCCAUAAACUGGAUUGAUAAAAAACAAGCAAUUGCACAUUUUUAUGUACAAAUUUUUCUCCCAAUCUUCUAAAAGAGUUACUCUUAGAAGAUGUGUGUGUUUUUUUUUUGCUGCGCUGGAAAAUAUUAUUUCAGAAAUUCAUAAAUCAUGAAACUUGUUGUUCCUUUUCUCACCCAACAAUAUCUCAUCAAGUUAGACACAACGAACCGUACUAUUUUCUGUUCGUUCGUGUUUUUAAAUUGUUUUAACAAUACUAAUUAAAACUCGCAAGCCAAGAACAAGACUGAAACAUUAAGAGACUUGGUACUAAUAGAAAAUGGAAUAUGGUUGGUGUAGAGAAUGUUUUAUUAGUAUUAACCCUGUUUGAUAUCAUAUCUCAACUCAAGCUUGAUAGAAGCGUUUAAAAGUUUUAAAUUAGAGGGCAUUUAAAAAUCGUUCUACUUAAAAAGUCCGAUAUUAAUUCACAGUAGUUUUAGCAAAAAAAAAAGGAUAAAUAAAUAAAACCUAAAAGUUUAUGCAUAUUUAGAUGUUAGAUUAAGUGCACAAUUGAUUUAGCUCAAGCUGUCUUUAGUUGCAUAAGAUAACACUUAAUUCCAUAAAAAUGAACGUUAUGCACUAUUCUCAGGCAUAUUUCAUAACAAAUUUUUUGACGAUAUCUGGUUUAGAAAGGAGUUUAAUACUUAUACAUUUUGCUUUUAACAAAGAAUACUAAUCACGUUAUAAAUUUGAGAAUCAAGUAAUUAGAUAUUGGCAAAGACUUUCUAAACUAAGCUUUUGUGCCAAUGAGCUGUAGUGUCAAACGCAUUUAAUAUUUUAAACAAAAAAUGCGCAAAGGUUUUUAAAACCGUAAAAUAGGCACAUGUGCAAUUCCAAUAUAAAUGUUGAUAGAAGUAGAUUAAAUCGAAAUACGUACAUACAUAAUAAUAUAUAUAAAUACAUACAAACAUAUGUACUAUAUAUACGUAUGCCCAGAGUAUAUGUUCAGUAAUUCACUUCCACAUAGUAUAAACGGCUUGCAAUAAUUAAUCAAAAUGAAAUUACGUAAUGGCGCUAACUAGUGCACAAUAUUAAUUAAACUUAUUAUAUGAAGAGUUGUGAAAUAAACGUUUUCAGUUUUUUCUGCAUUAUAUUUGUAAGUGCCAUGUUUUAAAAUUUAAAACCGACUGAGCUCGUCUAAGUUUUUAUUAAUACACGUAUAUAUAUUGUAUGUGUGUUCUAACAAAAUAUGUUAAGUGUCCCUGUUCUUUUUUAUUGUUUUAAUAACGUAACAUUUCCUAAGCUUAUUACAUUCAAAUGCCAGUACGGAUCAUGUUUUGUUUCUUUUUUAUAAAUUCAGUGGUAAGUAAGAAAGAAAUUUUUGGCGAAAACUGUGAUACAUGAAAUUCUAUAUUUUAUAUUUUGUCUUAUUACCAACAUAUACA